AUGAUCGUUCAACUCUUGCAUCUUCCAAAUUCCUCACAAACCAUCGCGCAAGAAAUCCAAGCCACUUCUCAAAUGCGAGCCUCGAACAUCACCCGUCUGGUCACUUCACAAGGAACCACCUGGUUCACUCAACACCUCGAUAACCUUCUCCGCCGCCGCUACAAGCAUCCUCGCCUUCUCUCGACUAUAGUAUUUGAGACGAAGCGCCGGAAUGGUGGUCUUUGCCCUCCCCUGCGGGGGUCCAAAAAUUCAAUUUCUAGCCCAACUUUAAAGUCAGUCCAACCUAACACCGGCACACUAUCGCACGCCAAGGAAAUGGUCGCCGUAAUGGCUGAAAAGCCGGGCAGAAGCCCGAGAAAAAGAACGACUGGCCCUGGUGGCCCUAGUGGCGGUGAGGUUAAUUGCAUCCCCACAGCCUUGGUACAGAAGCUUGCGGCCAAGGAGGCCGAGUCCUCCUCGAUCGAGGAUCUUUUCGCCGCGGCGGUUAAAAGGAAGAAGGAGGCCAAGCCCGAGGAGACAGAGCCCGAGGAGGAAAGAUAUCGACAAUGA